CUUUUACUCGUUGAACAGCCACCCGUCGCAUCGAUUGGCAGUAAGUUGCGCGGACUUUUCAAGUGAACCGUGCGUCUUACGCGUGUUAGCCAGUUAGUAGACGCUAGCUACUUACUAUCUUCAGAUCUUUCCCUCCGCCGCGUCGCCGAGUUUGUUCCCAUAGGCGGUUCGAUUAGUUAGUUAGUUGAGUUUUUUUUCUUCUCGGGUUUGUGAGCUUUCGUGAGUGACACCGGACUAUCAACUGAGUUGCGGCUGCUGCUUCUACUGCUAAGCUACCUUGCAAGGAUCCGGAGGCUACAGUUUUCAGUGAAUCAAUACAGUUUCAGCGAGGCGCUGCUCAGAAUCGUGUUGAACAUCAACCGAGACGGAUCUUGUUGGGUGACUCGUGGGGCUCUUUGGCAAACGCGCGGAGUGAAUUGUGGUGCGAUACCUGUAGCGAAGUGUGAUUGAAAAACGUUGAAGAUCUGAACUGCAACGACGAGAUGUCGAACAUUAGUGCAUUCUAUCGGGACAAGGUCGUGUUCGUGACCGGGGGAACCGGGUUUAUCGGGAAAAUCGUGGUUGAAAAGUUGCUACGAACGAGUGAAGUGAAAGAGAUCAUUCUGCUGGUGCGUGAGAAGAAGAACACACUACCGGAACAGAGAAUCAAGGAGUUAUGCUCGUCGCCAGUGUUCGACAAACUCCAGAAAAAGUCACCCGCCUUCAAAGAGCGCAUCAAGGUCGUCGAAGGGAACUUGGAAAAGGAUGGGCUCGACCUAUCGCCAGAAAGCGCCCAGUAUCUGCAGGACAAUGUCAACGUCAUCCUACAUAUCGCUGCCACCGUUAAGUUCGAUGAGGAAAUCAUCAAGGCACUGGGCAUCAAUCUCCGGGGCACCAGGGAAGUGCUCGAAGUAGGCAAAACGGCAAAGAAUCUUGAGAGUUUUAUCUACGUUUCAACAGCAUACUCCAACAGCUUUACGGAGCACAUUGAAGAGCGAGUCUAUCCUCUCGAAAUCAGUCCAGAGAAAAUUCUAGCCAAUCUGGAGGAUGAGAAAAUGAAGGAAGAAGUCCACAAAUAUUCACUCAAGUGGCCCAACACGUACACAUUCACGAAAGCCCUGGCAGAGGCUCUGACCCAGGGCUACAGGCAAUAUUUCCCAGUAGCAGUCGUGCGGCCAUCCUGCGUCAUGCCCGCCCUGGAUGAGCCCAUGCCUGGCUGGUGCGACAGUAUCUACGGAACCAAUGGAACGUUCAUCGGGUGGUACUAUGGUUUGAUUCGGACUAGCCAAAUCGACUCACAAGUACAAAUCGACACCGUACCGGUAGACUACGUUAGCAAUACCAUCAUCUCCGUUGCUUGGAAAACUCACGUAACCCGGGAAGAGGAGAAGGACGUUCUAGUGUACAACUGUGUGAGCUCCACGGAUAAUCCACUGACAUUCGACGAGCGGCGAAUCGAGUGCGAGAAGGUCAUACAGAAGCACCCGUUGUUGACAGGACUGUACAAACCGAUGAGUGUGUGUACCACCAGCGAAACGCUGUUCCGCGUCUACUCGUUGUUCCUGCACUAUUUGCCCGCGUUCCUGAUGGAUACGGCUCUGCGGAUGCGAGGGGAGAAACCCCGUCUGGUGAGCACCUACCAAAAAAUCGACAAGGUGGUAGAAACCGUGAAAGUGUUCACCAACACGACGUUCUUCUUCGACAACGGGAACAUGCGGGAUCUCUAUGUGCUCAUGAACUCGUCCGACCAUCGCCAGUACCCAUGCGACAAUCGCUCCUACAGCUGGCGGCUGUACUUUGAGCGCAUCAUUCCGGGUCUGAAGAAGACCUUCUUCAAGGAGGACCUCAACAACGUCAAGCAGGCCAAGCAGGCCCUCCGCAAGAAGGUUCUGACGGUGAACUGCGUCCUGGCGGUUCUGUUUGCCGUCGUCUUUUUCCAGCUGUAUUAUAUGCUAUUCUGAAAGUGCGAUCAAACCUUUAGAAACCAAUAAAUUAAGUCGCCUGGUUGUAAGUGGCCACCGCGCGUUGUCAUACAUGAAGUGUUCAGGUCUGAUUUAAAGAAGUAAAAUAAUUCUCUGCAAACUCUGUUAGAUAGGGCAGUCUCUAUCUGGUGUGUAUAGCGAUAUUCUGACGGCCUCAAGGGCCCCCUUGCGGAUAUUGUUGGUGUAGCUCGUGGCCCGAGGGUAACACGGAAGGCCUUGGAUAGAUGUUUACUACGUUUGUCACGUGAGCGUAUGCCAACUGAAGAGCAUGUAGAUUAGUAUGCUUUUAGCAACGAGAGAAUGCUGUAAAAAUGUAUAGUCAUACAGAAAAAAAAAAAAGUGCACAAGACCAAAUCAGUCGAUUGUGUAUACACCGGUUAAUCUUGAGUCUAGGAUAGAUAAACUGUUGCCUUCCACAUACAUAAACAUGUAUUUAUUGAAUUGAAUUUGAGUGCUCUGUAUACUUUAUGAUGUAGUUAUUUGAUGUAGUCAAUAAAGCCGAUCAGCACAGAA